GCGAUAGGUUGUAGCCUUCGAUUACUACAUACUUGAACAUACGCAUGGAAGCAACCAUGGCUCACCCGGGCCAAGUUCCUGGCAUAAGGCUCCAGCUCCCCUCCAUCGACGCUCACUAUCAGCUCCAGGCUAGAGUUUGCAAACGGUCAUACAUUCGUGAAUUUCACGAGUACUAUCUUGUCUUGUUGUCUGUUGUCAGACUGAAUCCACGGCCUCGAGGCUGGCGACGCGAUGGCACAUACACCGCAGGCAACUGCACCAUCAUCACCACCACCCAAGCCUCCCGUACCCAUCUCGCGAGAUACCGCCCUUCAGCUUUCGACAAGCACCACUCUGCCCCCCAUCUUCCGGUACAAGGACCGGCUAGCCAAUGUAACCAAUGCCAGAGAAAGCGUCACUUUGUUCCUCGAGACCGACCUACAAACGAAAAGGUUGGAGAAGAUGUAUCCAUACCUCUGGCUCGCGGGGCUGCCCCGAGCGGCGCGUCCACUUCAUCGCCAAAAGGUAGUCGGACGGAACAUUUGCGUGACCGAAAACCCCGAGGAGCACAUGACGUGGCACGAUACCACCAUUUUCAUCAAGCCUUUACCAGACUACUUUUUUGAUCACAACUUGUGGGAAGAGACAAUCUGUGAUAACGGCGCGCUGUAUAGGAGUGCUUGUGGGCUGCUGCUCUCGUACGUAUGGCUCAUCAGCUACCGCAGCGAUCUGCGAAUCGCACAUGAGAUGGGUUUACUGCCUUCUUGUAUAAAAUGGGAAAUUUGGACAAGGAUGGUACUCGAUUUCUCCAGCCAGAACGACGUCCAAACGCGAAGCUGGGUGAGCCCUCGUUACGAAUACGGCGAACUCCGCUUGUCCCGCCUCAAUACGCUCUACCGCUUGGGCGCGGCUGGAUUCUCGGCGACAAGGUUCGUGUACGGCUACAUUUCGGGUUCGAAGCAGUAUACCACCUUUUUCGAGCGCAACUUUGGCUGGCUCUUGGUGGUUUUCAUCUACAUCACGGUCAUCCUAUCAGCUUUGCAAGUGGCUCUGGCAACUGAGAGGCUGGGUUCGGAUGGGAAAUUCCAGGCAUUUUCAUAUGAUAUUGCUCUCAUAUCACUCGGAUUCGUUGCAGCGGCGAUUGGCAUCAUCUUGGCCGUGUGGGCGUGUCUGUUUUGGUUCUAUAUUCUGUCAACACUUCGAUAUCACAAACGGCCCACGGUUCUGCGGCUAAAAGGAGGGACCAAAGUGUAGCCCUAGCUUUGGCGAUGAUCAUCUUCUCCGAUUUGUCGAACCUUUCUUUCUCAUGCGAGGUGUGUUGAAACUCGCACCUAUCUGUCUGUUGGACUUCUACCUAGAGUUAGCCUCUAAAAAAUACAACGGCAACUCUUGGAGGACCUCUCUUGCGGGAAGCGUAACAUAACGGUUGGUCAAACUAUACAGUAAUAGCGAGUUCGAGGCAGUCUGCUCGUGGUGGUGUUCUUUGUACCUUGAACAAAUGUAAUUCAUCGAUCGUUGCGAGAAUCUUCUCGUAGCAGUAAUUUAGUAUUUAAGCCAUGAUCUGUUCUUUCUUUUAGCUACAGUCCCGGUUCUCCAGAUGCGUCGCUCGAGCCUGGACGCC